UCGAUGCAGGGUAACAAUGUGUCCUCUUAACGUUUUGACUUUUUCUGUGUUUCAGAGUUGGGCGGAUUUUAUUGGCUCUGUACCGACCUGUUGCUUAGGGACAUUAUGUUCUCAUUACAUUUGAAUGACAUUUGAGUUAAAACUCAAAGUCAUUUUAGGGUUGAAGAGGAUUCCUCCUACACAUCAAACACACCCAUGUGCAUGUCACAGUCUAAAUGGAUCCACAGUGCCAACUGAUAAUGUAGCAGAGAGAGAGGUAGGCUGCCAGGUCAACUCUGUUUAUCAAAACGUCAGAGGAGGAGGAGAGCAGUGAGUGAUGAAAGAAGAUAGAGAGCUGAGAUGACAGCUGGCUGAUGGGGGGAGAGAUAGAGGUCUGGAGGUUAUGUGUGAGGGAGAAAUGAGAAACGUCAGUGGCUGCAACAAGCUAAACCCAGACAGACCGAACAAGACACAACAGAGUAUGGCAGAAACCCCAGCAGAGCCUCAGAUUGACUGUGAGCUGCGGCCCCCAUCUAAUACCCUUUCUGAGCCUCAGCUCCAGUACCAACUACAUCCUCUCUCUGAGCCCCAGCCACUACCCCAGCCUGAUACCCUUCCCCAGCCCCUGCCCCAGCCUCAGCCAGAUAGCCUUCCUGGGCCCCAGCUCCUACCCCAGCCUGAUACCCUUCCCCAGCCCCUGCCCCAGCCUCAGCCAGAUAGCCUUCCUGCGCCCCAGCUCCUACCCCAAGCUGAUACCCUCCCUGAGCCCCAGCCCCAGCCUCAGCCGGAUAGCCUUCCUAGGCCCCAGCUCCUACCCCAGCCUGAUACCCUCCCUGAGUCCCAGCCCCAGUCUGAAGAGGAGGUGAAGCCCUGGGUGUGGACACGUCGCUGCGUACUCCUACUCUUCCUCCUGGCAUCCUCCUUCUGUGCCUCCAUAGUGGGCCUGGCCUACUACUCCCAGCAGCACCUCUCACCAGAGAGCACACCGCCAGCCUCUCCUCCAUGUACCUCCCCGGCUUGUCAGAGGGCUACCGCCCGUCUUUCCAUCUCAGUCGACCCCUUCUCUCAGCCCUGUGACUACUUCCUGUUUCCCUGUGGGUCUGAAGGGGCAUCUCUGUCCAACAGGGGGAGACAGAGGGGCAAGGGCAUGCCCCUACACCCACAGGGCCACAAGAGCAGGGCAGCACAGGCAGAGAAAGAGAGAGAAAGAGGGAGGAAGGAGAGAGAGACAGGCACGGACAUAAUAGAAAAGGCUCCAGCAGACAGAAUGCCAGACAGACAGACUGCACUACUGCUGACAAUGAGGGAGAUUUUGGCUGAGGACCGCUCCAGCCCGGGUAACUCAGCUAGGCAGAAGGCCUGUAUGUUCUACCGUUCUUGUAUGGACACUGGCCCCACAGAGACUGCCGGGCCAGAACCUUUCCUCAGGCUAGUCCACAAGCUGGGUGGCUGGGCUGUAUCAGGCCAGUGGAACCAGACAGAUUUCAACUCCACUCUGUCUCUACUGAUGAGAGACUAUGGCACCUUCCCAUUCUUUAGUGUUUAUGUGGGCAAGGAUCCUAACGACACUCAAGGAGACAAGCGAUACAUACAGAUUGAUCAGCCGGAUUUUCAGAUACCUACUGAAUGGAGCAGCAAGACUCAGAAGUCCAAAGCUAACACCCAGAUCCUGCGUCUUUUCCUGGCCUCGUAUCAGAGGUUGCUGGCCCUGUUGGGCUCUCCCUCCAGCAGCACCAUUCUCCAUAUAGGCCUGUUCAUCUCUCUGUCCUCUGAACUGGCUGUAGCUGCCUCUCCUCUGCCGCAUCGCCUGCAACAGGGGCUGCUGUACCAGCGCAUCACCAUCAAAGAGCUACAGGUGCGGACCCUGGCCCCUGCCAUUGAUUGGCUGGGCUGUCUACAGACCACCUUCCAUCCCCACCCUGUUAGCCAAUCGGAUCACGUCCUCCUGCACAACCUCCCUUACAUAGUCCACAUGUCCCGCAUCAUCGGCAAAUGGCUGAACAAGCAUGAAUUGAGUGGCAGUGGCCCUCUUCACACCUUCAUGGUCCUCAGUCUCCUCCACACUGUCAUACCCGCGCUGGACUCCAGGUUCACUCAGACAGAGAGGAAUUUCUCCUUAGCUCUGGGGACUACAGAGGAGGAUGUCCCUCGCUGGAGGCAGUGUGUUCUGCAGACUGAGAAAGGGUUUGACACGGUACUAAAACACAUACUGAGAGAGACCACCGCAUACACAGAGGCAGAGGAGCUGAUUCAGAAUGUCUAUUCCUCCAUCAAGUCCAAACUAUCUGAUCUCAGGUGGACAGAUGAGGAGUCUCGCAUGUCUGUUUUGAAUAAGAUUCAGUCUCUAACUCCAAGACUUUCAACUAAAAACAACAUUUUCAGUGAAGCUGAACUCAACCAACUGUAUUCAAAGGUGACAAUUGACGAACACAUGUAUUUCUCCAACUACAUCCAGUCUCUCUCCCUCCAGCGCCAGAGACCAAGCAAACUCUUUUCCCAGGCUGAAGGAGAUGAUAUUUGGUCCCUCACUCCAUUUAUCUCCGGCAAUGAGCUAGUCUUUCCCAUAGGGAUGUUUGUCCAGCCUCUCUUCCACCCUACCUAUCCCAGGGCCAUCAACUUUGGGGUUUUGGGAUCUUUGAUGGCCAAAGAUAUUCUCCAUCUCCUUCUACCCAACAUCCAUUCUCAGAGUGUGUCUCCCAGGUCCAUAGCAGAGUGUGUGCGGUACCAGUACCUGAGUAUGACAGAGGGACCAGGGAGAGAGGGGGCGUUCUCGCUGUCACCGGCACAGCAGCAGGAGAUGUGGGUGCAGUACUCUGCUCUGCAGAUUGCACUACAGGCUUACAAUCAGAGUUUGAAGAAGUAUCCUGGCGACUCCUCUCUCUCAGGCCUCUCUCACACUCAUCUGUUCCUUACUUCAUUCACUCAGAUCAACUGCGACUCUGACCCGUACCACGAGUUCAUGCCCUUUGAACCUUCCUUUCUGGUUACUGUCAUCUGUGGGUACUCUAACCUCUGCCCUACGACCCUCUCCUGCCCCAACAAACCCCAGCAGCACCUCUUAGGGACAUGCUGACCUACAGAUCUACAGUAACAUCUCCUACCAAACAAAAAAUGCAGAGCCAUUGAUGAACACACAAGACUGUGAUUUAAACAGAUCAGUGUGUCCCCCCCCGGGACGGUUGAUCUAAUGUAGGCUAAUAUGAUUAGCAUGAGGUUGUAAGUAACACACAAAAAAAA